AUGUCUACUAUCGAAGAUAAAUACACUGAAGAAACAACGCUGUACGUAACGUCUACUAUGGAAGAUAAUGAGACUGAAGAAACAACGCUGAACGUAACGUCUACUAUGGAAGAUAAUUACACUGAAGAAACAACGCUGAACGUAGAUUCUACUAUGGAAGAUAAUAACACUGAACAAAAAACGCUGAACGUAACAUCUACUAUGGAAGAUAAUGAGACUGAAGAAACAACGCUGAACGUAACGUCUACUAUGGAAGAUAAUUACACUGAAGAAACAACGCUGAACGUAGCGUCUACUAUGGAAGAUAAUAACACUGAACAAAAAACGCUGAACGUAACAUCUACUAUGGAAGAUAAUGACACUGAAGAAACAACGCUGAACGUAACGUCUACUAUGGAAGAUAAUGACACUGAAGAAACAACGCUGAACGUAACGUCUACUAUGGAAGAUAAUUACACUGAAGAAACAACGCUGAACGUAACGUCUACUAUGGAAGAUAAUUACACUGAAGAAACAACGCUGAACUGUAAUGUGCAACAUAGGAAUGGUUACUGUGUUGAAAGAUACUCAGUCAUAGCUAAUAAAUUGACAUUACGAUCGCCGACAAUUGCAACACCUGCUAAAAAUCUAACGUCGGGGGAAGACUUUUCCGACGAUACAUCGCCAUCUUUAAUGUCUACUAUGGAAGAUAAAUACACUGAAGAAACAACGCUGUACGUAACGUCUACUAUGGAAGAUAAUGAGACUGAAGAAACAACGCUGAACGUAACGUCUACUAUGGAAGAUAAUUACACUGAAGAAACAACGCUGAACGUAGAUUCUACUAUGGAAGAUAAUAACACUGAACAAAAAACGCUGAACGUAACAUCUACUAUGGAAGAUAAUGAGACUGAAGAAACAACGCUGAACGUAACGUCUACUAUGGAAGAUAAUUACACUGAAGAAACAACGCUGAACGUAGAUUCUACUAUGGAAGAUAAUAACACUGAACAAAAAACGCUGAACGUAACAUCUACUAUGGAAGAUAAUGAGACUGAAGAAACAACGCUGAACGUAACGUCUACUAUGGAAGAUAAUGACACUGAAGAAACAACGCUGAACGUAACGUCUACUAUGGAAGAUAAUUACACUGAAGAAACAACGCUGAACGUAACGUCUACUAUGGAAGAUAAUUACACUGAAGAAACAACGCUGAACUGUAAUGUGCAACAUAGGAAUGGUUACUGUGUUGAAAGAUACUCAGUCAUAGCUAAUAAAUUGACAUUACGAUCGCCGACAAUUGCAACACCUGCUAAAAAUCUAACGUCGGGGGAAGACUUUUCCGACGAUACAUCGCCAUCUUUAAUGUCUACUAUGGAAGAUAAAUACACUGAAGAAACAACGCUGAACGUAACGUCUACUAUGGAAGAUAAUUACACUGAAGAAACAACGCUGAACGUAGAUUCUACUAUGGAAGAUAAUAACACUGAACAAAAAACGCUGAACGUAACAUCUACUAUGGAAGAUAAUGAGACUGAAGAAACAACGCUGAACGUAACGUCUACUAUGGAAGAUAAUUACACUGAAGAAACAACGCUGAACGUAGAUUCUACUAUGGAAGAUAAUAACACUGAACAAAAAACGCUGAACGUAACAUCUACUAUGGAAGAUAAUGAGACUGAAGAAACAACGCUGAACGUAACGUCUACUAUGGAAGAUAAUGACACUGAAGAAACAACGCUGAACGUAACGUCUACUAUGGAAGAUAAUUACACUGAAGAAACAACGCUGAACGUAGAUUCUACUAUGGAAGAUAAUUACACUGAAGAAACAACGCUGAACGUAACGUCUACUAUGGAAGAUAAUUACACUGAAGAAACAACGCUGAACGUAACGUCUACUAUGGAAGAUAAUUACACUGAAGAAACAACGCUGAACGUAACGUCUACUAUGGAAAAUAGCUUCUCUGAAGUAACUUUGUCAUCACCAACGCCAUCUGAUGAAGACUUCUACUCAGAGGAACCUGCAUUAUCAUCAACUCCAACUGUUACAGAACAAUCCACUUCGAAGAAAGAUGAACUCGCUGCAGAAUCUAUGUUAACUAUGCUAGUUAGUUACGUCAGUGUUGGUGUCAUUGUAUCGCUCGCCGCACUUGCUGUUGAGGUAAAAAAAUAUUAUUCCUAA